CUGAGGACGUGUGAUCGGAGAGAGGAGUUUCUUUGUGCUUCUGUCAUAAACUGUUACUCAGCUUCUUUUCCACGGGCUGUCUCACCAUCAAGACCGAGGGUCUUCUCAAGAAAACUAAACACUACUGCAACAUAUCAGAAUGUCCCGGGAGCAGCAGGCAGUGGCUCGUGCCAGAAAAGCUUUCCAAACAGGCAGGUCCAGACCUUUGGAGUACCGCAUUCACCAGCUAAAGAAUCUACAGCUGUUGUUCACCGAGAGACAGAAAGAGAUUUCAGAUGCCAUCAAGAAAGACCUCAAUAAGAGUGAGGUGGGCACUCAGCUGUAUGAGACCCUGGGUCUUGAGGGGGAGAUCAGCCUGGCCAUCAGGAAGCUGAAGGAAUGGGCGGCCCCUCGGCCCGUGGAGAAGAACCUGAUGACGCUCUCUGACACUGUCUACAUCAAGCCGGAGCCACUGGGCGUGGUACUCAUCAUUGGGGCUUGGAACUACCCCUGGGCCGUCACCAUCCAACCACUCAUUGGCGCCAUCGCUGCUGGUAAUGCUGCUGUGAUCAAACCCUCUGAGGUGUGUGUUCACACUGCAAAGGUCAUGGAGGACCUUCUGCCUCUUUACAUCGACAAGGAGCUUUACCCUGUUGUAAACGGAGGAAUCCCAGAGACCCAGGAGCUGCUGUGCCAGAGGUUUGAUCACAUUUUCUACACUGGCAACUGCGCGGUAGGCAAAGUCAUCAUGGAAGCCGCUGCCAAACACCUGACACCAGUCACCCUGGAGCUGGGUGGAAAGAGCCCCUGCUAUAUUGACAAAAACUGUGACAUCAGUGUAGCCUGCAGACGCAUCACCUGGGGAAAGUACACAAACUGUGGUCAGACCUGCAUCGCCCCAGAUUACAUCCUGUGUGAGCCCAGCAUCCAGGACCGAGUCAUCAGUGAAGUCAAGAACGCCAUAAAGGAGUUUUACACUGACAACCCAAAGACCUGUGUGGACUAUGGACGCAUCAUCAACCAGCGCCACUUUAAAAGGAUAAUGAGCCUGAUGGAGGACAGCACUGUGGCUGCAGGAGGAGACAAUGAUGAGUCAGACUGCUACAUAGCCCCCACAGUCCUGAGAGACGUGAAGCCAGAGGCAAAAGUAAUGCAGGAGGAGAUUUUUGGUCCUCUGCUUCCCAUUUUACCAGUCAGUGGCCUGGACGAGGCGAUCAAGUUUAUCAAUAAUGGAGAGAAACCACUGGCCCUCUAUGUGUUCUCAUCAAAUGACAAGGUGAUAAAGAGAAUGACAGAGGAGACCUCCAGUGGAGGACUGCUGGCCAACGACUGUCUGGUGCACUUCUCUGUCAGCUCUCUGCCUUUCGGAGGAGUGGGAAACAGCGGUAUGGGCUGCUACCAUGGCAAGUUUAGUUUUGACCAGCUGAGCCACCUUCGAGGUUGCCUCAUCAAGCAGCUGAAGAUGGAGGGAGUAAACAGCAUGCGUUAUCCGCCUCACACACUCAAGAAACUGGGCUGGGCUCGCUUCUUCAUCCUGAAACAUGUAGACCUGGGCUGGAUGGGACGGAUGGCUCUGUUAGCUGUCCUCGCUGUGGUAGCUGCUGUUGCGCUACAGAAUUAUCUCCUUUGAAGACACCGUGGUGCAUCCUCAGACUGCAAUCCUGUUUCCCUCAACCCAAGGACCAGAGAGAGAGAGAAGGAGAGAGAAGUAGCAUGAACUACAGACCAUUUAUCAUGAAGUUUUUCUAUAAAGCAGACUGGCUGAAUGGCUUUUAUUUACUCCAUUACACAUUUCCAAAAGGUGUCAGACAUUUCAUGUAGUUAACUGGAGAAAGUGUCUUAUUUACAUGAAGGUAAUUAUUUAUUCCUAUGUAUGGCUCUUACAUUUUAUCAGGCAUCACUUUAUUCCACUUUAAGCCAUUAAAUCAAGUUUGCAUUGUUAAAAAAAGCAUUUAUUGAAUACACAAUGAAAUAUACAAUGAAGCUUUUAUUUUGUAAUGAAUUAUUUUAAAUGAAGUGACAAAAACUAACUAAGCUACAGUAAAACUUAAAUAAAGCAAUUUUUAUAGUUUGUUGUAUCAAUAACACUGUUUUUAUAAUGAAGGAGCUAUCUACGACCUUGUGUACGUGUCAUAUCACUAAUUAUUUCAUUCCAGCGCUGGCUUUUGUUUUCUGUUUGGCUUGAAAGCUGAGAUGAAGAAAUUAUGACUAAGUCCACCUGGGACUUUUGAGUCCUCAAAGAGUCAAACAGAAACAUUUGAAGUAAAUCAACAAGCGCCUCUAACUAGUGCUAGCAACCUUAUACAUUAUUUAAUCAUCUUUUAAAUAAACUACUGUACAUUUAAACAUGAAGUCAUUUUUAAUUUUCUGUUGAAAUGAUAUAGAUUUGUUUUCUAUGUUGGAUUAAUUUUUAAUAAAUAUAUUUCUACCUGUA